UAAUUUUUAGCUACAACUGCCGAUUAAAACGAUAUUUUCUUAAAAUAUUUUAAAAAUUAAUUUACAAUUCUGUGCUAAUGCUGUUGCUGCUGCUAAUGAAGUGUUAAUAAAAAUCUACGUUUUCUUGAACUAAAAUAAUACAAAAAAAACACAAUUAUUAAAAAUCAAAUAAAAGCACUUGAAAAUCCAGAAAAUAACAACAAAUAACUAGACUAUUAUACAAAAAAAAAUAAAAUUUAUUUAAUACAUAAAUAUAUAAGCAAAUAAACUAAAGAUUUUAAUAUUGAGGAAUAAAGAAAAUUUUCAAACUGACUUCUGACAGUUACAAAAUGACAGCGAACAAUAAAGUUGAAAGAUUAUAACUAAAUAUAAUAAUAAAUAAAAAAUAAGAAAAAAAAACGUUAAAUUAAAAAAAUAAAACGAACGUAAUAUAAACAAAAAAUUAAAAUAAAAUAUUAAAAUAUAAACAUAAACAAGAAAAAGUAUUAAGAAAAUAAAAACAUGUCCGAUUUACAAAUCUUAAGCAAUCAAACGACAACCACCUCCGAUCGUUUUGAAAUUCAAAAUUUCGAUUUAAUACAAAACUAUUCGGUGUUAAUCAAUAAUUAGAACAGUUGGCAUUGGGGUGUUGAUGCCACACUCGAUAAUAUCGCCGUGGAUCAUAAAGCUGUCGAAUUGACUUUGGGCAAGGGUGAUCUGUUGACAGAUUCCAUUGCUGCCAGUCGUGCCGGUCCCCACACGUCAUUAGCUCAUGGCCUAGAGGAAGUGGAAUAUUCGCGUGUGGUUAGUGAUAUUUGGAUAGGUGUGAUCUUAACUUUGCUCAUAGUGUCUGUGAUAUUUUUUAUUUGCGCCUGUUUUUUGUAUCACAAAUUUCAACAGUGGAAAAAUUCAUGUAAGUGUAUAUGAUUUAUAAAAAAAAUGUUUGAAAAGUAUUCUUAGUAUUUUUAAGCAAAUUUGGAAGUUUUAAAAAAAAAUUUUCAAAAAUUGUUUAGGGUUUUUUUAAAUUUUUG